GCAGUGUCGACUAUCGCUUCAUAACCAAGAUGGCUGCUCACAGUGCAGUGCUCUCGAUGUCCAAAAUUAUUAAUCCUUUCUGGGGUGGACUCCUUGGAAAUACGGCUAAAGUAAGACAGGGUGGAGUUGCUUCGUCUCUUAAGUGUUGAUUCGUGUUGAUGUGUGGCUCCACAUUUUAGACAAAGACAGUUUUAUCUGAGCACAAGGUCAUAUGGUUUAUUGCUUACAGCUAGAAAGCUUCAAGCCUUCUGUCAGUUCUAUUGAAGUGUUAAAAUGAAUGUUUUAUCAAACAGUAUCUAGCAAUGAAAUACUCUUCUUUGUAUUUCAGGUGUUUGGAACAACUGUGACAAGUCACAGGAGUAAGACUUUGCUGACUGUGAGUGAAUCAGGUUGUCUAUGUGGGCUUGUAUUGUAAAAUAAGCAGAAGAGAUUUUUUUCACUUUGUCACAAAAUGGUUUGUAAAAACAAACACGCAAAAAUCCCUUCUGCUCAUUGAACCAUUCAUUUCCAAGAUAAAUGGCUUUGGGUAUCACUGUGGGUAUGUUUAGUCUGUUUCUCUGUAACCUUGGAUUGCUUUUGAUCUAUUUUCCACCCUCUGUGGGGAGGAGAGGUUAUUAACAUUAUGACUUCCAAACUACUUGGAUUCUUAUGUGGAGCUGUCAAACUGACUCUUGCCCUUCUGCUUUCUGUGCUGCGCAUCCUCAACGACAGGGAGAGAACAUUGUAAGUAACUGACUCUGAUGUGAAAUAUUUCUCUGCAGUGCAUCAUCCCACAUACAAUAAAUGAUCAAGUUUUCCCUACAGAAGCAGUGUGAUAUGAUAAAAAGCAAAUCUAAAGCAAUAACCAGAACAACUACUUGUUACAGUGAUGUAUGUGAAGAUAUCCAAGAGGUUAUGAAAUAUCAACUAUAGAUAACAUAAUUAGUAACAAAUAUUCCCACCUUACUAAUUUAGUUUGAUUUGAUCAUAGUUUUGUCUUAAUGACAUAAUUAUAUAUAUAUAUAUUAUAUAUAUAUAUAUUGUUAAAGUAGGCCCUCAGCUUGUAAUAGUAGUAAGCGUUAGGAGUUGAAACAUCAAAUGCCAAAUGGCACUAAUCUCAAGUUUGCUGUUCAAUAGCCUCUCAAACUGACCUGCCCCACAGGCUCUUUUGUUAAUAGUUGAAAAAAUUGAACCUAAGUUUGAGAAACAUGCAAUGCUUCUAAUGGUGGGCUUGGACCUGCUGGCUGCAGAAUUUGCUCAAACACUGGUGGAAACCUUGUCUAACAACUUUUUACUGUCUUACUUCAUACUCAUACAACUUUUCCUGGGUACGCUGGCUGUGUAUGACUGAAGUAGUGAUUUUCCACUUUAAAUAUUAUUUGCAUAAAACCUUAUUUUAAUCUCUUACCUGUCAGUCUGCUGAUGUGCAACUAUAUACUAGAGCACAACUAUUAGAAUUUGUAUGAGUAGUCUACAAAUUACAAAGAUUCUUACAUCAAGAACAGCUCGUUCCAGUAAAUGUGACAUUUUUGCUUUAAAACUGACCAAAAGUAUGAAUUAAAAUAGUUGACAUUACAGUUUGUUCCUUAGUGAAAUAGGUGCACAAUGUAUGUCUUAAAUUCUAUCACAAAUUAUUUCUUGUUUAACUGUAUUCCUGUCAGAGGACUUGGAUCAGCUCUCUUAUCUCAGCAGGAUUGAUUAAAAAUGUUAAAAAAUCACAGCAUUCUAUAUUUUUCAAUAUUUUGUCGAUGUGUUUAUACAUGUACAUAUAUUCAGUCACAGUCUGUUAAACAGGAUCAUAGUAUCAGCUAAUGUUCAAAGACCAAUACACAAAAAGAAAUGUAUAAUGUCCUACUAUAUCCAACAUAAGAAAAAUAAAAAUGCUAGAGUUCAAAUCCAUCUGAAAUACAAUUAUGGAUAUUGUGCGAUGAUAAAAACCCCUGUAUCAGAGCAUGUUAAUUUAUUAGGUUAAACUUUAAAUUUGUCUGAGAAAGCUUAGAGAAGACCUUGAGGUCUUUUCAUUAGCGCUUUAAGACCAUGCAAAAGAGAGUUAAAGAGACAAUGUGUCUAACAGCAGGAGACACUAAUGGUUUAAUAACAGAUUGUGUGGUGGUUUUCACCAAAUAACCAUAAUUUUCUUUGCGGUAGUUAGUCCAGAGAGCCAAAUUCUUUUCUCACCCACAGACAAAGAGACCAUAGAAAUGUCUGCAUUUUAUUUGUUCAACCCAUUAUUAGUGUCUCUUUUGGUUUUAGAUUGCAAAAUUAAAAAUGCAGUAUCAUUCAGGCGCUAGCAUUAGUCCCAUUGUCUUUAAAAUCACUGCAAACCCAAAAUCUCUGCUGGUAAAAUGAACAAAAAAUAGGAAUGCAAAGUAAAUCUCUGCAAGUCAAUUGUUUUUUUUGCAAUAGCAGACUCGAAAAAAUAAAUUAACAAUUAUACACCAUCACAUAGAAAUAAAUCAUUAAUGCAGGUACAUACAUACACAAACAAACAGGAACACGUAUCUAAUUUAUCUAUUUAUUUGAUUACUUUUAUGAAAUGCAGUAAAUGAAUCUGAUCCAUUUGGUUUCAACAUGCAAAAUUACAAGUAUUUUCCCUUGAAGUUGAGAACAGUUGAUAAUGUUAAAAUGCUAAUGUUGCAGCCUCCUCCAGCAAAGUAUGGAGGCAGACACACUGUGACCCUCAUACCUGGAGAUGGAAUUGGUCCUGAGCUUCUCAACCAUGUCAGAGAGGUUUUCAGGUUGGUAAGAUUUAACCUCAUUCCUGUUUUAAAUUGUAACCUUCACACUUGUGUAGACGGCCUCUUCAAGCGUUUUUAUGUCGAAAUUGUAGGUUUAGCUGUGUCCCUGUUGACUUUGAGGUGGUGCACGUCAACUCUGCUCUGGAGACUGAGGUUGACAUCAAUAAUGCUAUUACUGCUAUCCGCCGUAAUGGAGUUGCCCUCAAAGGUAAGUGAGCCUUUGUUUGUCUGUUUAGAAGCAGAGCAUUAAAACAUAUAAACCAGACAACAGCUGUGAGAAGAAAGCUGUUUAUAAUAAGACCAUGACACUGAAGCUAAACUGUGACAUUACUUAACUCUCCUGGUAGGUAACAUUGAAACCAAACAUACCAUGGCGCCAUCUGUCAAAUCCAGAAAUAAUCUCCUUCGGUAAGAGUUUUAAUGAAAUACCAAUUCCCUUUGUGAAAGCUCUAUUUUGUCAGAUGGCUUUAAUUUCUCCCAUAAUUCAGUUCUUUGUAUUUUGUUGUGUCAGUUGACCCAUUUUGUUAUUCCUCAACUCCCUCUCUCCCUUGUUCCGUGUGUGCAUGACCAGCACAAGCUUGGACCUGUUUGCCAAUGUGAUGCACUGCCAGUCUCUCCCUGGGGUCCAGACUCGCCACAAGAACAUUGACAUCAUGAUCAUCAGGGAGAAUACAGAGGGAGAGUACAGCAGCCUGGAGCAUGAGGUCAGACAGUGCAGGAACACUCAGUCAAUAUUAUUGACCACCAAAACGCUUAAACUUUCUCCUGAAAAGACCUCCUUCCUCCUCUGUGGGUUGUGUCUCCAAAACUUUUUCCCUUUCUGAGUUGGAGUGCAGCACUUAUUUACCAGAGGGAAAACACUGGUCGGCUGUUUCUGAUUAGUAAUGGUGCAGAUAAUAGCCCUGUUAAACAGACUUUUAUUGGCCAGACAAGACAGACCCACAUUAAAUGUGAGGUUUUUCAGUCACAAGCACUAAAAUGCUUUACUUUAAAGUUUAGAAAUAACUUCUGUGAUGAUGUGGCAUUAAGAAACUAAGAAGCUAAUUGUUUAAAUGACUUAAACUGCCUUGAAGUAUUUCAAGAUUUAUUCACAAGAUGCAUUAUGAAAAGAAAAAGCUAACUGUUUAAAUGGCUUAAACUGCCCUAAAGCAUUUCAAGAUUCAUUCACAAGAUAUUUUCAGCUGAAACUAUUCCAAGGUCAAUGGAGAUCAAACCACAGAAAGAAAUUCCAGAUCUUGCAGCAGUUCAAUAAAACACCAAGUCCUCUAAAAUCACUAGCUCAGCUGUCAGAGAUCUGUGAGACAUUACAGUCUAAUCCUUAAUAUUUAAAACUUCAAAACUUUUAAAAGAAACUGGGAUUAAGUUUGUCAAACUGUGAAUAUUUCUACACAGUUGUUUAUAAUGUCUGAAACUGCUGCAAAGGAACAAGUAUUGGACAAAUGAUCAACAGCAUGCUGCAGAAACAGCCUUAGUUUUAUUUACAACUGAUUGGUAGAUUUGACAAGUCAAAGAAAGACACAUUUGAAUUACACAUCCACAAUACAAGAUUUACUAACAGAUGAGAAGCUCUACUUUUUGUUCAGGGAUCACAAAAGUCAUAACAAGUUGAACAUUUCUCACAGGAGCUUAAAGACACAAUCAGGGAAUUUGAUAAACUUUUAGAACAACAUAAAAACUUGUGCAGUCCUCUCUUAAUGUUUGUGGAUACCUACUUAGAGUUAAGAGGUUAUCUGUAGUUACACAUGCCACUUUUCAUGGAACAAUAUGUUUCACAAUCAACAUGUGGUGUUUGAUUCUCACCUUACACUGUCUUUGUCCAGAGUGUAUCAGGGGUUGUGGAGAGCCUCAAGAUCAUCACAAGGAACAAUUCCCUCAGGAUCGCAGAGUACGCUUUCAGACUGGCCAGGGAGAAGGGCCGCCGUAAGGUCACUGCUGUUCACAAGGCCAACAUCAUGUGAGUUUCUGCAAGGCUCGUGUAGUGCCAGAGCUGUUUGGCCUCCUGAGCCUUACAUAAUAAAGUGAGUUUCUCAGAGCUGAACAUGUUUAAAGUAGACUCUAUGCUGUAACAGGAAGCUUGGUGAUGGCUUAUUCCUGGAGUGCUGCAGAGAAGUGGCUUCUGGUUACCCAGACAUCACAUUUGAAAGCAUGAUUGUGGACAACACCACCAUGCAGGUAACAGAUGUUGAAAACACGCACAUUUAAAGAUGAGAAGAGCUUAUAAGUGCUGAUGAAUGUUUACAUUUUGUUUGUGGGAUUCUAGCUGGUGUCCAAACCUCAGCAGUUUGAUGUGAUGGUGAUGCCAAACCUGUACGGGAAUAUAGUGAGCAAUGUGUGCGCCGGCCUGGUGGGAGGGCCUGGCCUGGUGCCCGGAGCUAAUUACGGCCGUGAUUAUGCCGUCUUUGAAACAGUGAGUGCUUGACACCUUGUGGUUAUUAACGCACUAUCCCGUCUGUUCUAACUUUGAAGAGUGAAAAACAUAGUAAAUCUUCAUCAUGAGUUGUGUCUGGUUCUUGCCCUAUUUCCUUUGGCACCCUCAGGCCACAAGGAACACAGGAAAGAGCAUUGCAAACAGGAACAUUGCCAACCCCACUGCCAUGCUGCUCGCAAGCUGCAUGAUGCUGGACCACCUGGAGUAAGACUUUUCAGAUUAAAUACUUUAAGUAAAAUCCUUUUGGGUUUUUGAUCUUGAUUUUAUGUUGUGACUGUGGUGAACUAGUUUUAUGAACAAUUCUUCUUUCUGUGUCUCUAGGCUCUAUGAUCAUGCAAGUUCUAUUCGAAACGCUGUCCUCACCACCAUGAACGAAACUCGGGUAAGUCUUCCUUCACUAAUAGGCUCUCUCUUCACCUGUCCCUCUACCAUACAGCUACUGAUCCAUUGUUGUUCAACAGAGGCUUAGAGGCCCUGGUGACAGAUCUGGCAUGCUUCCUACAGGGCAUCAGUGUUCACACAAAGCGCCAUUGUGUGCUUUUGAUGUCGCAUAGCUCUUAUUAAGUGCUACAUUGUGUGGUAUCUGAUUUUACAUUGAGUGGCAUUCAUUACAGUCCUUUAGUUCGCUUGAAAAGAACUUGCUCUGCUCAUUACUCAAAGCAGCUCUGCUGUGGGUUCUGCUUAGGCACCACUUUUUUAAGAGGCUUGCAUGUAUUCCCUACGACUGGUAAUCUGCAUUCAGAAUUCAAAUUCUUCUGUUUUUGUCUUACAGUUGCACACAGCUGAUAUUGGGGGCCAGGGCACUACUUUGGAGGUGGUCCAGUCCAUCAUGAGAUUCAUCCAGAGUAAAGGGCAGCUCACGUCUGAUCUGUAAACACACACUCCUCAGAGGUGUUAUUCUGAACAGGUGUCAGUAAUUGGGACAGGUGCACAGUAUCAAAGAGGGAUGUCCAUGCAUGUUUGUUUCCAUAGUGCCACGUCCUAAUACGUCACCGACAUCACAACGUUUUUUUUUUCUUAUUCACACAACUUACUGAUUGAUUCACUCCAGCAGAAACCUUUCCCCCUAAGCUUUCAGUGUCACACAUUUCUUACCUUCCCCAGACUGAUUUUAAAAGGGUGCGCUAAUAUAACUUAACACGGCACCAUAAAUCCUCAUGUAAGAAUAUAAAUAGAGUUCAUUAGGUUCAGUCUGCUGAAAUGUAAUACAUGCAGAUUCUCAAGACACACAAAGAGGCUUCUUUCCCAGCAUGUCAAUCAGCAAAGUCAUGUUGUACUUGGUUGAGUAUUAAAAUAUCCUGAAAUGGGCAUGCAGUGUUGGGACAAGGCUGGGGAUUCCUCCUUAUAAAUCAUGAUUUAUUUUCUCAAUUACUGCUCUGUUACAGCCUUUCCAUGAACCAAAACAUACAAUGUUGAUUCAAUGCCUCUACUUUCUUCAUAUUACAGUAAUUUUCAUUCCUUGCUGCCUGUCAUAUACCGUAAUAUGCCAUAUGUUCACAUCAGAUCAACUGUCUUAAUAUAUAUAUUUGUGGUGUCAUCAAUAGAGGUUUGCAACAAAUAACUGUCAAAGGUCAUCUCUUUAUGUUUGUGCCAUACUUACAUGUUUACUUAAGUUCAAAUCCUAUGAAAGUAGUGUACUGCUGUCUCAACUUGAAAUGUUUGGCUUUACUGUUUCAGUGGACGGGUAUAAAUACUGUAUAACAUGUUCUUUAUAUUAUCAAUAAGAAAUAAAUUAUGUACAUUCAAGUGAACUUAUAGA